AAGCGCCGCUCAGUCUGAACUCAGGGUUCACUCAGUCUACGAACGUUUGCCACGAGACUUCGAUCUCUCGCCGCAUCGCACGUAACGCUAUCUCUAUCUCUCUCCUUCUCUCUUUCUGUUCACCCGCCUGUAUAUCUCUCUCCGCUUUUCUCCUUUUCCCCGCUUGGCAGAGAGGCAGGUAGGCCAAGCGGUGACCGGGGAGGCGUGCGUAGUAACCAUCCACGUCAACGGAAGUCUUGCCCGCGUGCUUUCGGUUACUUUCGGCCCCCAUAUAGUCGUCCCGUGCAACCCCCGCUGCUUCGUCCGCUUCGACCGGCUGCGGAUCUACCUGCGGCGCAACGAGAGAGAUUGUGACUUCGAUAGCGGUGCGAUAACUACAAAGUACCAAGAUGGCUGCAUUCGUGGCGAAGCAGAUGGUCGGGAACAAGCUCAAUGCGGUUAAAGGAGCAGUAGGCGGAGAAGGCGGUGACGAGGAUGACAAGGAGAAGGAAGAGGAAGCCGAGAGAGAGAGGCUGGAGGCUAUUAGAGAGGCUGAGGAGCGAAGAAAGGAGAAACAUCGCAAAAUGGAAGAAGAACGGGAGAAGAUGCGACAGGAGAUCAGAGACAAGUAUAACAUAAAAAAACGGGAAGAGAUACAGGAAAUGCCACAAGAAGAGCCUAAUCCUCUGAUGCGAAAGAAGAAAACGCCAGAAGAACUAGCGGCGGAGGCCGAGGCUGAGGAUGAAGACGAAUUCACCAAAUUGAGAAAUACGAUAGAAACACAGGUGAACGAGCUCAAAUCGCAAAUCGAAAGUAAGUGUAGCCUCCAAUGAGCCUAUCAUAUCGCGCGGUUUGCGAGAAAGAUGACGACGAUGCCGUACGUCGUCGUCGGAAUCGCGUCCGUCUGUCAUCCCCUGCUGCCCAAAGGAAUAAAAAAGAGAGUGGUAACAAAAAAGAUGCAGCGAGAAAGAGAAACGAUAUGCGGAGUAGUCAUCAGCAUUGGACACAUCGCCGUGUCGACCAAUCAUAAAUUGAUUCCAGAUCCAGCAAUCGAUUAAUCGAUCGUAGUUUAAAGCAAAAUGAAUGACGAGGACGAUUCAUUUCCCACGGAUUUUCAGGAGAUUCCUAAAGGAUUUUUCAUGGCCGUCAUAUUUGGAUGCAACUUUAGAAAUCGGAAGUGAUUCUAUUGACAAUUCUAUCUCGCAUGAAAAUUGAGAUUAGAGAUAAUCGAGAGUGAGAAAAAUUAUUAUUUUUACAGACAAACACGGAAUAAGUUUCUCUCUCACACACAUAUGAGAAAACUUAAAAAUUAUAAGAUAUUGAAAAUCGUAAAUUUUUACUAAAGCCAAAAAAAAAUAAUUGAAAAACUCGAAAGAAACUUAAAGAAAUGUUGGUAACUAGAAUCAUGGAAAGAAAAUUACUAACUAGAAAUACAAAACUAAAACUUAAAGAAGAAUUUAAUGCUGGAGAAAGAAAGCUUCAAGAAGUAUCAAAAUCUAACAAGGGAAAGUACAGAUGCCAAUAGAAUUUAAAAUAAAUUAUCAAUUAAAAACGAAAAAUGGAAUCUUAUAAAAUAACCUUAAGUAAAUAACAAUUAUAAAUAUUUGAACAAAGAUGUUAACCAAAUAAUUGAGUAAACUACUGGCGCAUUUAUAUAGUAGAUAGAAAAAAAUCGGGAAGAAAUCUUUAUAUAUAAAUCAUCAAGAUGACAAAGAAUAGGAUUGGAAAGUAUUGUUAAGAAAAUGUCAAGAUUAAUUCUCUCCCAAAUGAAGGACUAUAAAUUUUAAUCCAGAAUUUACAUACAAACUAGGAUGGACAUAAAAAAAUUCUCAAUGAAUGUCCUGAUAUUCCCCUGUAUAGUGCAACCAAGAGACACAAGCAUUAACGACAUUGAAGAAAAAUGAAGUAAAAAAUCAUUGGAGAAAAAUCGACACAAUCGAUGAUUGCCGCCUUGAAGAAGCACGGAAUGUGAGAAAUAUGUUUCUUGAAAGAUAUGAAGAAGAGAAGAUUGCAUAACCCAAUAAGUGUCAAAGGAAUUAGAAAUCUAAAAAUCUAAUCUCAUCUGAUUCAAAAGCAAACCGCGUGGCAAAACGGAAAAAGACUUCCAGAAGAGAGCGAGAGCAGAUAUGAUCGAAAUAUUGUGAUGGAAAAAUUCAGAAGACAAGAGUGAUAUAAAUGAUGAUGAAGAGAGAAAGAGAGAGAAUGCUGGCUCGACCAGAGUGUGAGUUUUUUAUGUAAUUGUUGCAGUUAAAACAAAGUGCGAAAUGACGUUGUUUUAUAUAGGAUAAUUAGGUGUUCUGUAGAAUGUGUUUAGUCGUAGUAUAUAGCUUAUAACACGACUUAAUUAUCUGCUAUAACAAGAAUGAAGUAUCCAACUGUAGAUAUACUGAGUUAUUUUCUAUUUAUAGUUCGUCUAGGUAUUCUACAGUUACAGAGAAUUUUUGGCGCAAUUUGGUGGUGGUGUGAAAAUCAACCAUUGAUUAUUGCGGGAGUUAAUGAGAAAUUUAUCGUUUAAUUAUUAUCAGUAUAUAUUAAUGUCUUUUUUUCUCUAAAUAUUUUAUAGAAUAUCUAGUUAUUCUAUGUUCUAAGAUCGAUUCAAGUCGUACACUACGAACGUUUCAGACAUGUUAAUUGAUUUUCGAAGAAAAAUCGCGAUCUUACGUUCUAUAGGGAAAAUCCAACGAAUAAGAGUCUCGGAUAAGGAUAUAAUAAUUAUCCUAUAUAACAGAACAUCUGACACAAAACAUUUUUGAAAUUUCCUCGGAAAUUUCCUGGGGGUUCGAGGCUUCUUAAAUUUCCGACAACCAAUAACGUUUGACGCAAAUAUAUUCGAUAAACUAUCGUGGAAAAAACGUCAAAUGACAUCUUUAAGAUCUUGCUACAGUUGCUGGACUACUGUCGGACACAGAGUCGGAUAUUUGAAUAUAAACCUCAAAAUUUCCCUAUUAGAUUGUCAAUUAACAGCUCAAACGUACUCGUCAUGCAAAAACUGUACUAACGUUUAUACCAUUACACAUAUACAGUUUCAAUUAAUUAUCUCUAAUUUUUCCGCUAUCUCUUUUUAUGAUAUUUAUAAACUCUUCUUAUUUAAACGAUAAUUGUCGCAGCUUUUGACUAUAAAACGAUGGCUUUCUAGCUUUACACAUUAUUUCCAUUAUGAGGUAAAAAGACAAGAUAUAAAAUUGUGCAUAAUAAUGGCAAUAUUUGAUCAAAAAUUUAAAAUCCUAAUAUCAAAAUAUGAUAUUAAUUAAAUAUGAUAAAAAUAUCAAACGAAAAUUAAAAUCUGUGAAUUUGUAUAUCAGGAAAAUUCUAGUUCUAACAUUUUAAUUGUAUCACUGAUGCCAAUGUUAGCAACUAUAUUAACUUUUAUAAAAUUAUAUUUGUAAAAUCAAUAUCUUAUUAAUUAUUCAUUGCGUUUCAAUAUUAUAUCGUAUCAAUAAUAAUAGAAAUAACUCUAUUUAUAAAGCAAGUGUCGGGCUAAUAAGAACUAAAACGCAGAAAUUAAAGCGCAAAAAUUUAUAUUCAGUAUAAUUUAAUUAUACAAAUAGAACAUUUCUUUCCUAUUUCGGGCCAUCUUCACCAAAUGUCAAAGUUUACAUAAAAAUAGAACAAUAAUGUUAGAAAUUUCAGACUGUAUCUCACUUCGACAUUAAUAUUCCAAUUUUAUUAUGACCAAUUUAAAUUUUGACAUUUGUUGAAGAUGGCCUGAGAUAUGGAACCGAACCGUUUUAUCUAUAUAAUUAAAUUAAUUUUAUUAAUUUAAUUUUUAUCUAUAUAAUUAAAUAUUGAAUAUAUAAAUUUUAGCGCUUCGAUUUCUGCACUUUUGCUUUUAUUAGCCUGAUACUUAUUCUACAUUAUAUUUUGUCUUUUUCCCCAAGAUUUCUCUACAAACACAAUACAUAAGACGUGCAAUAAACAUAUUAAAGAUAAAUAUCAACGAAUUAAAAACUCGACUCACGCAUUUAGCGUACAAUCAAGUUAAUAAUUCGUUAAGUAACAAAUUUAGAAAUUACAAUUGCAGUUUGAAUCUGCUAAUCUGCCUCACAAGAAUAUAUGCAGAAUUGACGAAAAUAAUUCCAACAGUUAAAUAAAGAUGAUAAAAUAAUUCGUCAACCACAAAAUUUUUUUAAAUUAUGCGAUGCUUCUUAAUCAGAGCAAAAAUUUAAAAUUUUUGCUAGUAGUCAAUGUUUUAUAGUCAAAAGUUAAGAACCUCUUUUAGAAUCUUGCAAAUCUUAUUACAAUGCAGCGUCACCUGGUCGCGCAGCAUACGACUCUCGGAGCAAAUAUAUGCUUGCAAAUAUCACGUGCUCGAAAAUGCAAGGCGCAGAAAGUUUAGCCCCUUAUGCUCGUCAUAAUGACGAUACACACAUAAAUAAAAGUAGAUAAAUAAAUAAGAAAAGACGAAAGAAGCAAAAAAAGAAACGUACGCUAGCACGUUAAGUUUUUAGGAAGAACUAUUCAGAUAAUGAAAAAUAAUAAAAAGUAGUUGUGUGAGUUAUAUAGUUGAUAGAACUUCGUUCGACGACUGUGUUAAUGUACUACGAGAAGAGGGCGAUGACGAAAGAGGAGUUCUUAUUAUUAUAUUGUUAUUGCCAUUAUUAGUGUAACGCUCUUCUGAUAUUGUUACGAGCCGGUAUUUAAAGGCAAACGGCGAGAACGCCAUGGAAAACGGUCAUCGAAAAACAUGAAGAUAACUAGAUGAUUGCUCUGCUAUUUAAAAACUGAAUAAGAUUAUUAAUUGAAGAAAUCAAAUAAAAAUAGUGAAAAAUGAUAUCAAGAAACAAGAACACAUACAAUUUCAUUAAAUUUAGAAACCAGAAAAAUGAAAACCGAUACAUAUAAACCAAACGCAGGGGGGUUAUUGGACUUCUUUCUGUUUUUCAAAUUUCUUAAAUUUUUUAUAGAAUCUUUCUUUAUAUUUUAAACAUUCUAUUACAUAUAUAAUUUAAUGUUAUUAUAAAAAAUAAUUGUAAUCUUUAAAUAUAAAAAUAUUAUUGCUCCGAGUUAUCGUAUUAUUUAAUAUCUAUUUAUUAGAAUUGUGAAUGUAUUUAUUUAACUGCUUUAUAAUUGACAUUAAAAUAUCUUUAAAUCCUCGUUUUUUUUCCUAUUUCAGAACAAAUUUUACAUACCAAAUCUUUUAAUGUUAUGUUUUGUUAGAUUUCUAAGAUUCCUAUAUAUUAUUAGAUUUUUAUUUUUAUAUUAAAUACGAAUGUAUGGACAAUGGAUGAACUAAAUAGAGCAUUGACUCUGAGAUUGAAAUUUAAUCAAUGUGUGACUUAAAAAUAUACAUAUUUAUAUGAUACUCUUCUCUCACUUAUCGAAACUGGAAACUUUUUAAAUUCAGUUUACAUUAAUCAGUUCUAUUAUCAUGCGGAAUAUUCUGCAGCCAUUGUGUAUCUUUCAAUUACAUGCGCACGCGCAUACACAUACGCACACACAUCCACAAACAUCAUGAGAAUUUUGAUAUAUCAAACCGCAUCUAAUUUUUGAUGUUAGACAUCUGACCUGCACUUUUUAGUUUAUUAUUAAAUACCUUUUAUUUAAUUUUUUAUGUUAAAUAUUACCAUAAAAUUUAAUCUUCUAAAUUUUUUUUAAAAGAACUGGGCUUUGAAUUUAUAUAUUUAGAGCGCUAAUAAUUAUAUAGAACUGUCAUAUAUCACUAAUAUAUAUACUCAAAAUAUGAGAUUUGUGUGCGGCAAGAAAUGGGAAUAUGUAUAAAAAGCGAGAGGGAAAAAAGACGUUUAAUAUACAUAUUAUAGAGCAAUUUUUGUACGGGAGACAGAGAGAAGCAAGAUGUAUUUCAUUAUUUGUAAGCAUUAAAUUUCUACACAUUAUAACGUUUCUUAAUCUUCACGCAAAUAGCAGGAUAAUGAUAUAAUAAAUUAAAAAGAAAAUUGGUUUCAUAAAUAAUAAAUGGCAAAUAAUAACGCGAUAAAUUUAUUUUAAUACAGUUUUGAUAAGAUAAUGUCAAAGCAAUUUAAUGACAAAAAGUAUUUUUAGUCAUUUAUUUGAUUUUUUCUUUAUUUAUAUUUAUUAAGUUAAUUGCUUAAUUAUCUUGUUAAGUGUUUUUUUGAUUUUUCAAACUUAAUCGUUCGAUAAUUUGAAUUUUAUGGCAAACUUUUACGUUUUUUUUCAAGCAACUUAAAAUAAAAUCGAAAAAAGUUUUGUUAUCUGAAUAAAUUUAUAAUUUGAUACAAAAGUUAGAUUUUAUAAAGUUUGAAAAAUUGAAAACAAGUUUAAUAAUAAAAUAAUUAGAGAAAUGAUUACAGAUCAGCUGGAUAUUAUUCCAUUAGCUUAUAGUUUUAAAAAUAUUAUUUUAAAUUAUCAUUUUAGAGAGAUAUAAUUAUUAAAGACCCCAUUUUCUAUCUUUCUCUUAAACUUGGAUCAUCUUCUGUCUCUUACUAUUUAAUGUUUCCGCUUACAAACUUGAUAUUACAGAUAUUUUCCUCUUUAUUAGCAAAAGAAUUCUGAAUUUCUAAUAUUUUAGAACUUUUUAAAUCAUAUCAAUUUUGUUUAGAUUCUAUAUUUCUUUUUUUUUUGUUUUUUAUCUUUCUCUUUCUUACUUUCUACUUAUUACGUUUUGCGCUUUUUUCUCUCUUAACCUAUUUCGCUGUGAUUUUUCCAUUCAAAUUUUAUAUUGUAACUUUGUAUUUAUAUUGUGCUUUAUCUGUAUGGUAUAUUGUAAAGAGAGAGAGAGGAGUAUCAGUGAUUCUUUCGGAAACAACUUGCAUGCUGUUGUGCGUAACUCCUUUAAAAUUAUGCGCACAACACAAACAUACAUACACACACAAAAUAAC